UCUGUCGAGCCCGUAGACGAACAUCAUCUCGGACUGAGUCAAAGGGGGCAGCCGAGUCUUUCAAGUCGAGGCUGCUCAUCAACAACAACAGAAACACGGGACAACACCUUCAAGAAAUACAAUGAGUAAAGUGCUUCUGGCCUAUGUGGUCGCCGAUGGCCUCUUCCUUCUGAUGGGCAUCUUCAUGAUCGCCUUCUCCGUCAUUGUUCAGAACAUCCAGUUUGAGGUCCCUACAGAAGGACAUCAAGCAGCAAGGAAUCUUUUGUACCAGAGGUUUCCUCUCACAGCCGGUAUCGUGAACGCCGUCUUCAUCUUUGUCACUUUCCUCUUCACCAUUCCCGGUAUCAUUACCCCCGCACGAGGAUGGCUCAAGUUGGGCGGCUGGAUGACCACCGUCUGCGGUAUCUUCAGCCUCAUCAUCGGUCUCGACCUCUGGAUCAUGACCCUCAAGACCAAGGCGGAUUUUGCUCCCUUUUAUUUCAGCCAACCUCCUGAGAUCCAGGAGCUUAUGCAGUCAGCUUUCAAAUGCUGCGGCUACUUCAAUAGCACCUCCCCCGCCUUCAUCACCGACGACAUCUGCUCCAGCCCAGCUGCCGCCGCGCUCAUGCGCCCAUGUGCGACCCCCAUCACCUCCUUCGCCAACGUCCUGAUCGACAACAUCUUUACUGCGGUUUUCGGCAUGGUUGGUAUUGACGUGGUCCUUAUCAUGGCGACCGCUUGUCUGCUGAAGGAGCGCAGGGAGAGGGAGCGCUUCCGUCACAUCGACGAGAAGAGUGGUGCUAUUGGAUUCUGAAGAGGGUUACGCAAGCGAGGGAAGGACGACAUAUGAAUAACAGCAUACACGAAUUUGCCCUGCGAGCGCGACGAUGCUGGCUUGUUGACCCCUCUUAUGAUGACGGACGGGAGGAAGAGCAUGGAAAAGGAAGAAAUCCUGACCGAGGAACUGUGAGAAAAAAAGAAAGA